AUGGUGGACGCUGCUGGUGAGGACGAGGUGCCUGCCGACCUCUCGCUUGUGGAGCCCGAGGCCGCCGCCCUCGGCUUCCUCGUGCAGGUUGGCCGCCUGUAUCGCUGCACGGCGUUCGACGCAGAGUCGCGGCCGCAGGGUGAGUAUCUCACCCAGGUGGUAGGCGCCUACCCGCCCGACGAGGAGGGCCAGUUCGCACGGGCCGAGCAGAUCUGCUGCAGCGACGGCUACUGGGCCUGGUGGAUGGCUCAUCCCGUGGAGCGCGGCGGGGCAGGGCGGCCGCUCUAUCACUUCUGCGCGGAGGAGAUGCGCCUCGCCACGCCGAGCGCCUCCCGCGGGACGCUGAUUCACGUCUCGGAGUUCGAGGAGGUCGACGCAGCGGAGGCGUCGGAGUUCUAUCUGGAGUGCAAGGCGGUGGACUCUUGGGCCAGCUGGCCAGAGGAGUUCGGGCCCGAGCCUACAGGAGAGGCGGCGGCUCGCAAGUCGACGGAGGUCGCGCUGGACGAGUUCGGCAUGCCGCUCGACAGCUGCGCGGUUCAGGACACGGCUGCUCCUGCCCCGGGCCCGCGCCCCAGGGCGGCGCCAGCGCGCGUCGGCAGCCGCCAGCCCGCUGCCCUGCAGGCUUCGCCGCUAGAGGAGGCAGGCGCCCGCCUGUCAGCCGUGGCGCCCCCUGUGCGCGAGGCUGGCGACCUUCGCGCUCGGCUCGAUCGGCUUCGCGGGGCGCUGCAGCCAGCUCCUGCGGGGGAGCAGCCGACGGAGAAGCUGCGCGAGGCGGUGGCUGGAGCAGCCCCUGCGCGCGGCGGAGCCAAGCGGCCGCUGGAGGAGGUCGUGCAGGACAGGGCCGACAAGAGGCGCGCGCCCGAGGUGCCAGCAGAGGCGGCUGCGAGUGCCGCGAGCGGUAGCGCUGGGGCAGGAGGCGAGGGGCCUCUUCUCCAGUUGUUGCUUGAGGCGGCGGCCAGCAGGAGCGGCACUGGUGACGUUUUGCAGUCAGUUCUUAGUGGCGCCAGCGGCAGUAGUGAUGGGGCUGUCCCGCGAGGUCUCGCCUCUCGUCGAGGUCAUUUUCGCCAGAUUGCCGCCAGGUUCCCUGGGCUUCUCUCUGAGCAGGCACUGGCCAAGAUGAGUGAGUAUGUCACCGCGCAGUUCCCGCCUAUCUUCCUGAAGUACUUUUUGAAGGUCUUCAUCCCUCAGAACCCCAUCAAGUCGAUCGGGAUUGAGGUCUACCGCGAGAUGAGGACAGUCUGCGAGGCCGCGGAUGCCAUCCUUUCGGGCAAGACGGCCUACGCCUUGGACGUGCUGAGUCAACGGUUCAAGGCGCUUCAGCUUUUCGCUAUUGACAAGAGUUGGUCAGGCGCUCGCUGGCUGGAGCUCAUCCCGCCCUCGAACGAGCAGCUUGCGCUCAGGACGGAGGAUGAGGAGAUCGUGCGCACACGGACAGUGCAGCUGCGCGAGGACGUUUCGAAGGAGGCGACGCCGAAGGAGGUCUCCUGGAAGGCCAUCAAGGACGCCCACCCGAAGAGGCAGGGCGAGACGCGAGGAGCCUACGGCAUGCGCCUCAGGAAGCUCAUGCAGGAGGCUCGCGGGCGACAGGACCGACCCGCGAAGGCAGCUGUGACUCGAGCUGUACCCGCCACGCCGCACUUACUGGACUUGGGCAUCGCCAUCGUCACCUUGCAUUUGCAGCACCCAGGCCGCCUUGGAAAGUUUUGCCGUGAGUUUCGUCCACACCUUCCCACGACUGGAGGGCCGCAGGUAAGGACGCGUGACCUGUUGCCGAUGGCCCUCCCCGACCUUACGCUCACACGAGCAUGGGUCGCAUCUCAGGACGGACCGAGAAGGAAGCGUCAGAGGUUCAGGAUUGAGGGGCGUUUAGUCGCCAGAGAAGUUUGGUCAUACAUAGUGGGGCGGUCUCUCAACUUCGACUACGUUGGUCGAGGUGACCCUCGCCUGUGGAGACACUCGCCAAUGCUACAUCUUGCCCAGCGGUCCGCCUACAAGACCAUCAUCUCCCACGUCGACGGCUUCUUAAAUGACCCACUGACUCGUCGGCCUGACAUCGACUGGUCCCAGAAGAUCAGCAAGCUCAGGGUCGACUACACUGGUGAGGAGCAGGGCGAGGCCUUGCCCAUCAAGCUAGCGGAGCUUAUACCAGGCCUUCCCGACAAACAGCAUGCCGCGCAGCUCCAGAUGGAGGAGUUCGUUGACGAGCACAUCCUGGAGUGGCUCAUGGACCCUGAAGUUGCCACGCUGCCUGCUGCGGAGUGGCCGCUGGACCCUCCUCGCGCCCGAGUCAAUUGCGAGAGGCUCGAGGACUGGUGCGAGGUCGCAGAGCACUUGAUUGGCCUCGGCAUCUUGGGCGUGGUCGACGAGGCGGACAUCUUUGCGCCGCCGGGCCAGAAGGUCUUCAACGGCCUGUUCGCUCGCGAGAAGAUGGGCAAGCCACUCGAGGGCCAGUCGAGAUGCACGCGCCUCAUCUUCAACAUGAUACCCUCCAACGCCUACCUCCGCAACAUCGUUGAGGACACGUCGACUUUGGCGGCCUCAGCUUCAUGGACCAGCCUCCACUUGCCAGCAGGAUGCGUCAUGGUGUGGAGCAGCGACGACCAGAAGGGCGCCUUCUAUGUCUGGAAACUGCCGCCAGUCUGGUAUGGCAGAAUGGCCGUCUCGGUGCCCGUGCCAGCGAGCUCUGCUGGGUUGCCAGGAGACCACCUGGUCAACGCGGCGUUCCGCGUCAUCCCCAUGGGCUGGGUCCUCGCAGUCACCCUCUUCCAGCACCUGCACCGCCGCCUGGCCUUGCGAGCACCGCGUCUAGGAGCUGGUUUGCCUGCAGAAGCGGAGUGGAGGCGCGAUCAGCCUUGGCCGCUAGCGAGGCGGCAUCCUCACGCGUGGUGGCAGGUCUACAUCGAUGACUUUGAUGCGUCCGAGGUCCUGGAGGCGGCAGAGGCGUAUCGGGUCGUGGGCACACCAGGCGAGAUGCAGCUCGCCAUGCGGCGCGCCUACACCCAGGCAGAGGUCGCCUACGCGGAGGAGAAAAGCCACGCGCGGCAGCUGCAGCUCGAGAGGAUGGGGGCGUCCAUCGACGGCUGCGCUGGUACGAUCAGGGCCCCUGCUGACAAGAUGAUCGAGCUGGUCCGCUACAUCCUGCACGCCCUGGGCCGCGAUUACUGCCCAUGGCUGCUUAUGCUCACGUUGCUGGGCCGCGCCGCUCGGGCCCUGGAGUUCAGGCGGCCGCUCUUGAGCUGCCUCAGCUCGGUCUGGGAGUUCUCCACCAGGACGAGAGGAGGGCGCAUCAACAUGGGCAUGAGCCAGGAGCUGCUCGUGUGCAUCGGGUACCUGCCCAUCGCGUGCACCGACCUUAGGGCCGCGCUGUCGCCACUCGCCACCGUCUCGGAUGCCUCGGAGGCUGGAGGUGGAGUGUGCGCUUCCACUGGCCUCACGCCCUUGGCAGUCCAGCAGCUCAGGGCCGCCCGCCAGGGAGCUAGGCCGGUGCUGGGGCCAGGCCGCAGCGACCUGCAGCCCGCGCGCAGCUCCCCGUCGCUGCCAGGUGGGCGGCCGCGGCCCAGGGUGCUCAUCGUGAGCCUCUUCGACGGCGUCGCCGCGCUGGCCGUGGCAGUGUCCAGGCUGCCAGUCGACAUCAUCGGCAUGGUGUGCAGCGAGGUUGACAAGCCUGCUAGACGAGUCGUGCGACUCCGAUGGCCUGGAACCGCAGAUUGGGGGGAUAUCCGAUCGAUCUCCGAGAAGGACGUCGCUAAGCUGGCUGACACCUACUACAGCCUGUGCGACGUCUGCGUCUGUGGAGCGGGCAGCCCUUGUCAGGACCUCAGCGCAGUCAAUUUGUCGCGGGCGGGCCUGGCUGGCCCCAGUUCGAAGCUCUUCUAUGAGACCCCGCGGGCCCACGGUCUCCUUCGUAAGCACUUCAAGGAGAAGCUAGCCACCUUUGUUGGGAACGUUGCUUCGAUGAGUCCGCAAGUGAGAGAUGCUAUCACGAAGGAGCUUGGGGUCCCGCCAGUCAAGCUAUGCUCCUCUAUAUUUGUUCCUGCUCGUCGGCCGCGUUACUACUGGUGCAAUUGGCCUGUGCAGACUCGCGGGGAAUUCGCAGUCGAGGAGCUGCGCCAGCCCAGCGGGUCACUCCUGGUCGUGCGCCGAGUCAGCGGUUCAGUCGCCCCUCUCCAGUGGGUCGCUGCUGGCUGGACCUGGGGGGGCGGCGCUGCUCCAGUUCCGACGCUUGUGUGCCCGCGGCCUGCCUCAAGUAGAGCUGCGAUGCCUGCAGGCCUCCGCUCUGCUUCGGACGCUGCAAAAAGGAGGUGGGAGCAGGACUGCUAUCGCUAUCACUUGGGCUGGUAUGAAGAGACCUCCAUGCUUCGGAACGACUUGGAUGGGAGCCUCCGCGCGCCUAACCCCGAGGAGAGAGAGGCCCUGCUGGGAUUCGACAAGCAUUACACAAGGGUUGCCCACAAGGACCCUGGGGCCCAAGGAGUUGCUGACACGAGGAGCUUUCUCUUGGGCAACUCUUAUUCAGUGUAUUCGGUCUCAUGGCUCCUCCAGCAGCUGUUUCUGGCUCGAGGACUCCUUGCUCGCGAGCUACCUGCUGAAGCUCUGUUCGCGCGGGGGGCGUGCCCGCUGGCCUGGGGCGAGGUCGGCACCUACACGAAGGGCGCAGCCGAGUACGACAAGAAGCUGGCCUCAGAGUUCACAGGCGAGGAAGCCAUUCCGACAGCCCCAGAAGGUCCGCAAACACUCCUUCAAAGGGCGAGGAAGGCACACUCGGCGAAGCGUGGUACUCGGUUGAAGCUGCUCCGAGUCACCUCCACCACGCUCCACCGCUACAGAGCAACAGCCAAGCGCGUCCUCGAUUUUUGGGAUGCCAUAGGCCUCAAGCCCUCAGGACCGCUGGACACCGACGAGGGCAUCGCCGAGUACAUAGAGAUGCUCUGGAGCGAAGGCCAGCCCGUUAGCUUUGCCAACUAUGCUGUCGUUGCGAUAGGCUUCUUCUUUCCCUCAGUCAAACAGAGCUUGGGGUUGUCAUGGGGUCUGCUCAAGGCUUGGAGGCGAUGCGAACCGCAUGUUCGCGCCUUGCCGUUCACGCCAGAGCUCAUUCUGGGAAUGGCCGCCCUCGCCAUCGAGUGCGACGCUGUGGAUAUCGGCACCCUCCUCGCAUUGGGUUUCGCAGGUCUUUUGCGCACAACAGAGUUGUUCACAUUGUCCAAGCAGCAGGUUGCGAUCAUCAAUGACAGAGUGAUUGUCCGCUUGCCUGAGACCAAGACAGGGUACCGCAAAGCCACUACCGAGAUGGUCGUUGUCGACUGCCCCAUCGCCGUGGAUCUGGUCAAGCGCUGGCAUGCACACGCAGCGCCUCCGGACACGAUCAGCACACGGUCGCCAGCGCAGCUUCGCAGUUGCCUGAAAAAGCUGCUGGCGUUCUUUCACCUCGAGGAUUUUCGCUUCUCAUGGUACUCGUGCCGUCGUGGUGGUGCCGCGUGCGACUUCAUCGUCGUGUACGACGCGCUCGACUGGGCGCAGCUCGCAAACGAGCCGGACUCGGGCGGCGCCCUGGGCGCUUCCGCGGCUGAGGAGGAGGCCGCCGAGGUCAACGCCCCGCAAACGGCGGCGGCGCUGCCGGCGGCGGGCCCGCAGCCCAGACCGGGGGCCGCCUUGGGCGCCGCAACGGCCGCGCGCGCGGCCGCGGGGGCCCGCGCGGCGGAGGCCGCGCAGGCAGCGGCUCUGACCGACGCGGCUGCGGCGCGCGCGGCCGCGGAGGUCCGCGCCGCGGAAUCCGCUCAGGCGGCGGCCAUGGCCGCGGCCGCCGACGCGGCGGCCGCGGAGGCGACCGAGGCGGUGCGCGCGGAGGUCUACGCCGGCCGGCGCCUGCCCGCGGCGCGGGGCCGGGUGGGCGGGCAGGUGUCGCGCCUGGCGGCGCCGGAGCUCCUCGGCGUCGCCGAGGCGUUUGCCCAUGGGCCGCAGGCUAGCUGGGCUGCGCAGGGCCGCGGCCAGCGGGGCUGA